GAUACCUCGACGAGUCGAGAGCGAACCUGGUUUUUGAAAUGCGCGAGCAGGCAUCAAAACUUUCGCUGAGAAUUAGAAACGAGUGUUGUGAUGUGUCGGGAAAUCACUCGGCCUAAUGUUAUUUUGUAUAAUAUUCCAGUGAGUGUUAGAAAGACGUUAGGUAGAAGAGCCGCUAUUUCGGAACGACGGUUCGAAGAGGCCUAACCUAACUAUGAGCAACAAGACUAAUAAUAACGGGGAAAUAGAUCCCGUACAGGAGCAGCUGACUGGCCGAGUACGAGAGGUCGGGAACUACGCGAUCUGGAGCUUGUCCAGUUGUAAACCGGGAUUCGGCGUGGACCAGCUUCGCGAUGACAUCACGGAAACGUACUGGCAAUCGGACGGGCAGCUGCCUCACUUGGUGAACAUACAGUUCAAGAGGAAGACGACCAUUCGUGACAUAUGUAUCUACACGGAUUACAAACUGGAUGAGAGCUACACUCCCAACAGGAUAAGCAUCAGAGCUGGGACCAACUUCAAUGAUCUGCAGGAGGUAGAGGUGAUGGACCUGAAUGAGCCAAGCGGGUGGAUAGUGAUUCCUAUUAAGAAUAUUAAUGAUCGGCCCAUUAGGACGUUUAUGAUUCAGAUAGCGGUCAUUAGCAAUCAUCAGAAUGGCAGGGAUACCCACAUGAGACAGAUCAAGAUCCACAGCCCUGCGCAAGACAUUCUUGGCCCACCAGCGCCUUACAUCCCAGGACAAUUUCUCACCAAUGAAUUUUUACGCUACGCUACUAUUAGAUAAGACUUGUAAAUUAAACUUCCUAAAUAUACAGUGGCAUGCAAAAGUUUCCAGCCAGUGAAAUUUUGUACUCUAAUUUAUUAAAAAACAGCCUAAUAAAAUUUUCAUAAUUAUCAUUAUUUUACUAUAUUAUUUUGUUAUCUAUAUCUUACCUGAUAAUUGUGACAAUAUUAUUAGUCUGUUUUUUAAUAAAUUAGAGUACAAAAUGUCACUGGCCAGAAACUUUUACACACCACUGUAUUUAAAGACAGUAUUUAAAUAUAUAUAAAUAUAAAAUAAAAUUUUAUUAUGAUGAACAUUCUUGAGAAUAUUCAUAAACUCUUUCAUUUUCAAUCUCAAAUAUAUUUUGCUCAAUUUGUUUUGUCUACUUAUUAGGAAUAAAUCGAUCUAUUUAU